AUGUUCAAUUACACGGGUUCUUGGCAGUUUGAUGCAGCAUCCACAAAAUCUCUUGCACUGGUUGGAUAUUUUAUUCCGCUUUAUGAAGUCAAAUUGGCAAAGCUUACAUUGGUUUUGCGCAACCAGAUUACUCUGGAUAAGUAUUUCUUCUCUGUUAUACUAAAGAAGUUUCUUUUUUUUGUUCAGUAUGCUCGGAUUGUUCAGAAGCUUGGCUUUCCUGCAAAGUUCAAGGAUUUCAAGAUACAGAACAUUGUAGGUUCAUGUGAUGUCAAAUUCCCGAUUAGGCUUGAAGGUCUUGCAUUCUCUCAUAGUGCUUUCUCAAGUUAUGAGCCUGAGCUAUUUCCAGGAUUGAUAUAUAGGAUGAAACAACCAAAGAUUGUUCUGCUUAUUUUUGUGUCAGGAAAGAUUGUUAUAACUGGAGCCAAGAUGAGAGAGGAGACUUACACUGCAUUUGAGAAUAUCUACCCAGUUCUGACAGAGUUCCGGAAAGUCCAGCAAUAAUAGUAUAGCCUUCAAAAGCAAAAAAACCAUGCUCACAUUUGGAUUGAACUAGGGAUCUCGGGUGGUGGGAAGCGAUUGGGGAGGUUAUUUUCUUUGGACAAGAACAUGGUUUGAUUCAACCAGAAAUUGUAAAUACAGAAUGGAGAUGCCAAGAAAUCUCUUUCUUUUUCUGUUCUUAAAGUGUCUUCCAAGUAUGUUGUUUCCUGUUCUGUAUGUUUCAAUGAGCAAUACCCAACAUUAAAGAGUUACACUAACAGUUUGUAAUAAGACACCAAGUCUUUUUUCCUUUAAUAUACUCUUUCAAGCAA